AUGCUCUCGCGAUUCGCGCUACGGCCAUCGCUCUUGAUUUCGCCGAGUGUUCGCCAGUUAUCCAAGUCGGUCCUGAAGACGGCCCGUAUGGGACGUAGCGGAGCGACCGGCAUCCACCGAUUCGGUGAACAAGCUGGAAUUGGUGUGCGUACUGGGAAAACGUUGAAGGAACGACUCUUAGGACCAACUACUGGAGCACCUUACAUUUACGGUACCUAUGCGCUGGCUGGAGCUUCUGUGUUAGGCGUUGGUGCGUUGAUGUAUUAUGGACUAGUUUCCAAGGAGCAGUCAAUUCUUCAGUCUAGCGCACUUUGGCCAGCGUAUGUUCGCGAACGACUUUCAUCGACGUACUCGUAUUUGGCGGGUAGUUUGGCGGUGACAGCAGCUAGUGGAGUUGCAGCAUCCCGUAAUGCAGCAAUUAUGCGCCUCACACAAGCAGGUGGAGUCAUGGGUCUUUUCGCAACGUUAGCGGUGAUCAUUGGAACAGGAAUGCUCUGUCGCUCGAUCGACUAUGACAGUACUGUUGCCAAACAUCUGGCAUGGAUGCUUCAUUGUGGUGCCAUGGGUGCUGUACUUGCGCCAUUAGUCUACAUGGGUGGGCCAGUGCUAAUGAGGGCAUGGGUACACUGCUGUAUUGUUGGCGACCUUCUGCAACGUAUCACUGCACCAUCUGAGAAGUUCUUAAUGAUGUCGGGUCCUCUUGCCAUGGGACUGGGUGUUGUGUUUGUCGCUAACAUCGGAACUUUCUUCUUCCAUCCAGGAAGUGCUCUCGGAGCAGGAUUGAUGUCGAUUGUGAUGUACGGCGGUCUAAUUCUCUUCUCUGCAUUUUUGCUGCAUGAUACACAACGAGUUGUCCAGCAUGCUCAAAUCUAUCCGCGUCGCGAGGAUAUGUAUGGAAUGCAACCGAUCAGAAGUUAUGAUCCGAUCAACGCGUUAGUUUAUUUUAACUGUCGUUAUUUGUUCAAAUUUUUGAAUCCAGCUUCUAUCUACAUGGAUGUGUUGAACAUCUUCAUCCGAAUGGCGAUGAUCAUGGGUGGCAUGAGUGGAAGUCGAAGGAAGUAA